CUCAACACAACGGACAACCAGCGAGUAUUGGAGGGUCAAGCUUCUCGAUGCUCGGGAGGAAAGGACGAUGUUCAGCGUCCUAGCACUCAUUCUACGACAUCAUCAUAUGGCCGUAAUAACAGUGGCUCGCUUUUAAUUCGUAGAUUGGCUCCUCCGAGUAAUACCAGAGAUGCAUGCGAUAACCCUCAAAUCGUCUAUAAAGUUCGUGGAAUUUUGAAUAAAAUAACUCCAGAAAAAUUCGACAAGCUAAGCCAAGAGCUUCUUGAUCUUGGCCUCGAAUCUGAAGAUGUGCUUACUCGCGUUCUUUUGUUAAUCUUCAACAAAGCACUUGAUGAUUACAAAUAUAGUUGUAUGUACGCAAAGUUAUGUAAAGUUAUCAAUGAUAAUGUUUCAAAAUACUAUGAACAAAACUACAACAAAAACGUUUUCAAGAUAUUAUUGCUGAAAAAGUGUAAAGAAGAAUAUGAAAAUCGUUGCAAUGCAUUUGAACAAUUUGAAAAUCAAAAUGGACCACUUAGUGUCGAUGAUGAAGAGAAACGAUCAUUGGCAAAGCAAAAAAUGCUUUGCAACAUCAAAUUUAUUUGCGAACUUGGUAAACAACAAUUGUUACCAAAAAAUAUUUUGCAUGAUUGCAUUAAACAAUUAUUGUCGAGGGCAAAGAAUCAAAGCUUUGCUGAUAAAAUGCAAGAUCUCGAAUGUUUAUGUGAGAUAAUGAAAAAUAUUGGCCACUUACUUGAAACGAAUGAAAAAGCAAGCGUUUUGUUGGAUCAAUAUUUUGAUCGUAUGAAUACGUACUCGAAAAGUAGUGAAAUCAAUUCACGGAUCAAGUUCAUGCUGCUUGAUGUUAUUGACUUGAGAAAGAAUAAUUGGAUUCCUCGACAAAAGGAUGUUCUUCAUAGCAGUAUAUCGGAAAAGGUGCCUGAAAAGGAUAACAAUGGAUUGCUUUCACCUUAUGGUACGCUCUAUCAUAUGCAUCAUUUGAGACAUGGCCCUUUCAUGAAUCAAGGAAGGGUUGAUGACAUGUUUUCACCAAUGCCAAUUGGUCCAAUUUAUCUUGGUACCGGCCCUGGAGCUAUUAAUGACCAUAAUUUUGGUUCAUGGAAUAAUCCACGACGGCCGAAUUAUAAUCAGAAAAACAAUGUCCCUUAUUCAUCCGGAAACAAUUAUCCCCCACAAUCAGCAUCAAUGAAUAUGAUGAUGAAACGAGAUAAUCAACCAAACUAUCGUCCAAAUUAUCCACAACAUAACAAUAGUGGUAAUAAUAAUGCAAACAAUUACAAUAUGGCAAACAAUGCCAACAACCAAAACAAUGCAAUUAAUGGAUCGAAUAUGAUGAAUAAUCCUCGUGAAACGCCGGUAAAUUUACCACCACGUUUCCAGAAACAAAUGAAACAAACUCAGAAUUUGCCAUUUAUGAAAGCACAGCAUCCCCAACAACAAAAUAACAAUGAUGAUCAUCGUAUGAUGCCAAUGAUGAAGCCACCGAUGAUCAACGACAACAACAAUCGACAAGCAUUUAAUCGAAAUCCUCCUAAUCCAUUUCAAAAGCCUAAUAAUAGUUUCAGUAAAUUCAUGAAUCCAACCAAAUUGAAUGGAAAAGAUUUGGCAAACGAUGUUAAUCAAAUGCGACUAGAUGAUACAAAUAUGCCGAAUAGUGGUAAUAGUGGCAGCAGUGAUGACACCUGUAGUAAAGAUGAACCUGUUAACUUAUUUUUCGAGAUCGAAAAACUACUUUCUGAAUAUUAUGAUAGCGAAAAAUCUGAACCAAUUAUUCAGUUUUUGAAAACAACUAGUGCUAAUUUCGAUGAGAUUCUUUUAUCAAUCAUGCGAAUCAGCAUUGGCAAAUCGGAAAAGGAACGAGAACUAACCAAUCAAUUGUUGAACAAAAUUAAGUCCGAUCAAGUGGUCAAUGAUCAGAUAUUUUUAUCAUCAUUGAAGAAUUUGUUCUCAAAGAUAAACGAAUUGGAAGUGGAAACCCCUCGUGCUCGUUCAUAUGUAGCUGCCUAUAUUGCCAAUGCUAUAACUGAAAAUGUGAUCAUUUUGAAAGAAAUUGGCGACCUGUUGGAUGGCGGUCAACAUUAUCCGUUGUUUCCAUUGAUAUUGCAAAAUCUACACAAAGCAAAAGGUCAAUCAUGGUUGUUUGAUAUAUUUUCUGAAUCGAAAAUAAAUCUAAUGCAAAUGGUGCCCGAACCAGAUCGUAACAAGGAACGUAUGGCGGAUAUUCUUGAAGAUAGAAACUUGACAUUUUUAUAUCCAAUGUUGCGUAUUGAAUCGGAUAUAACUAAACAGAUUACUAGCGAUUGUUCACCCAGUUCCCUCUACCGUUGGCUUAAAGACAACGUUAAUACAACGCUGCAAAAUAGUACGGAAUUCAUUUCGGUUGUCUUUUCAACCCUGUUGAAGCACAUUAUUGCCAAGCAUAACAAUCCGGAUAAUCCAUUCGUUUUUACAUCAGCAUUGUUUGUUCAACAAGAAAACGAAUUGAAAAAAUAUUGUCAAGUUUUGCAAAAAUUUUUAUCUGGCAAACAUGAUCUUCAAUUGGUGGUACUUUAUUCAUUGCAAACAUAUUGUCAUGAUCAUAAUUUUCCUAAAGGAUUGAUUGAAAAAUGGUUCAACAUGCUAUAUGAACAGGAAAUUGUCGAUGACGAAGUAUUCUUCAAAUGGCGUGAAGAUAUUAAUGAAGAAUAUCCAGGAAAAGGUAAAGCAUUGUUUCAGGUGAAUAAAUGGCUUAUCUGGCUUGAAGAAGAUGAUGAAGAAGAAGAAGAAGAGUAAAUUCAAUAUAAUUAAUGAUGAUGACUAUGACAAAUAAAAUCUUACCGACAAUGAUCUUGAAGUGGAUUAGAUCAUCAAUCGGUUUUGAAAAAAAAUUUGUAUUCGUUAUAAUUACCACAACAACAAAACAAACAAUAUCCUGAUUCUCUAAGUGAUGUUUGAAACAAAUCGAAAAUUGUAUUUUAUAAUUUUAAUUAAUUAUGAUGAUGAUGAUAAUUAAAAUCGUUUAAUUAAAAUGAAAAA